AUGGGCUCUCGGUUAGACGCAACUUCGAGCGCAGUGCGCAAACGAAUUCAAAGCCACGCAUUUGACGAUGAAGAAGGCGAAGAAUAUGAAGCCUCAAAGUUUGGUGGGUUCAGCGACUAUAUGCGCCGCAAGAAGACCAAACUUCAGAAUCUCGACAAUGAUAUUCGAUCCUCCGCCGCGGCCGAUAACUGUCCUCAGAUAUUCCGUUCUGUUGUAGCAUGCGUGAACGGCUACACUCAACCAUCGCUGCAAGACCUUCACAAACUCAUCGUGCGCCAUGGUGGGGGCUUUCUUCAGUAUCUCGAUGGCAAGACCUCCGCAACCCAUAUAAUCGCGAGCUCGCUCACUCCCAAGAAGAGGGAGGAAUUUCGGCGGUACCGCGUUGUCAAGCCGGCCUGGGUUGUGGAUAGUGUCAACGCUGGACGCCUACUUCCUUGGGAUCUGUAUCGAGUUUUGGACGAGGGUCAGGGACAGAAAGUUCUCAAUUUUGAAGGUGGUCGGAUUGUCAGCCAAGCGAACAGCCACCGGACCAAUUAUAAAGAUGAAAGCCGAGCAAGUCGGUAUACAUCACAGUGGCCAUCCGAGCGGGCGACAAACGACAGGUCCCCUGAUCCUCCUGAGACGCCCGCGAGUAAGCAGUCGAACGAUGCGACACAAUCAGACUAUGGUGACUUUCCCAGCUUCUCCUCCUUGGAUCAACCGGCUCAGUCCGCUACCUCACCCAGCUCCCCUCCACCUCAUGGGCAGGGAGAUCGCCUAGGGGAGCCAGUCAUCACUCCCGGUGAGCCUGCAGAAAACCAACGCACCGACAUGGGCACGACGCUGAGCCCGCAACAGCCAGACCCACGAAUGAGAAAUUCCAGCGUGGUGAACCCAGACUUUCUACAGCAGUAUUACAAAGAAUCUCGACUACACCACCUUUCGACAUGGAAGGCGGAAUUGAAAGCACAACUUCAGUCAAAGGCGCAAGAAAAAGCACGCUCGCAACGACGAAAGAAGCUCGUCCCUGGAGCCCGGAGAUACAUCAUGCAUGUUGAUUUUGACUGCUUCUUUGCCGCUGUCUCCACAUUAAAGCACCCAGAACUUGAAGGGAAGCCUGUUGCCAUUGCACACGGAACCGGCACAGGCUCCGAGAUCGCGAGUUGCAACUACGUUGCCCGUGCAUCUGGCGUAAAGAAUGGCAUGUGGAUGAAAGGUGCCCUACAGGCAUGCCCAGAUUUGCGCGUCUUGCCCUAUGAUUUUCCGGCCUACGAGGAGGCGAGCCGGAAGUUUUAUCGUGCAAUUCUCGGCAUUGAUGGCUUGGUUCAGAGCGUUAGCAUUGAUGAAGCGCUUGUGGACAUUACAACUAUAUGCCUUGAGGCAGGAGGGUCGGAGGGCAAGGGCGUAUCUGAAGGCUCGAUUUACAGAGAACAAGCUAAGGCUGACGAGGUAGCGGAACAGUUACGGGCCGCCAUAAAAAGAGAAACAGGCUGUGCAGUUUCUGUCGGAAUAGGGGGUAACAUCUUGCAGGCAAAAGUUGCCCUACGAAAAGCAAAACCAGCCGGCCAGUUCCAGCUGAAGCCUGAUGCUGUUCUCGAUUUCAUUGGAGAACUUCCUGUACAGAACCUUCCAGGUGUGGGCUACAGUCUUAGCGCAAAGUUGGAAGACCUUGGCGUGAAAAUCGUCAAAGACAUCAGAGACCUCUCACGUGAGAAGCUUUCGUCCAGCUUGGGACCUAAGACGGGAGCAAAACUCGCGGAUUACGCGCGUGGUAUCGAUCGGACUGAAGUUGGAAACGAAGUCACACGGAAGUCAGUCUCUGCUGAGGUUAACUGGGGCAUUCGUUUUGUCACUCAAGAUCAAGCGGAAGAUUUCAUGCGGUCCCUGUGCGAGGAGCUACACCGAAGACUCGUCGAGAAUCUAAUGAAGGGCCAGCAGCUCACACUCAAGGUCAUGCGAAGGGCUCUCGAUGCCCCGUUGGAAGCCGUCAAACAUCUGGGUCAUGGGAAAUGCGAUGUUUUCAACAAGAGCGUCAUUCUUGGGAUAGCCACGAACGCAGCAGAUGUUCUUGGAAAAGAGGCCAUUGCUAUGCUUCGAAGCCUCGCUAUCUCCCCUGGUGAUUUAAGGGGGUUGGGCGUUCAAAUGACCAAGCUCGAGCCGCUAAAGUCGACAUCCGAGAAAUCUGAUGGCAGUCAGCAACAGUUGGCUUUCAAGGCAUCCACAGCGCCUAAGCGUGCACAACCUAUUGAUGAUCCAGACCUACUGGACAGCCCUCGCAAAGGUGAAUCGGAGUCAAUACGGCAUGGUCCGCAACUAAACGACACCACACAGAAAUUGCUCAAUACAUCUGGAACCCAGUUCAUUAUGCCCUCCCAGCCGGACCCUGCAGUCGUUGCUGAGCUCCCAGAUGACAUCCGAUCCAAGCUCGUUGCGCAAGGUAAACCACGAACCACGUCUCGCGCUGGGUCACCAAUGGGUCCAGGCCCUGCCGUUCGCCAGCAGCCCGCGCCGGCUCUGCCUCCGCAGUCCCAAUUAGAUCCGGAAACCCUAGCGGAGCUGCCAGAAGAUGUCCUCGCCGAGGUACUAGGCUAUUACAACCAGCCGUCUGUCAAUAACACCGGCUCGACAAAGCCACAAACAGAGUCAUCACCGCAACCCAGACCCUCUGGAUCGACUCUCAAACUACGCAAACCAACAACCCCACCGAAGAAACGCCGUGGCCGCCCUCCUCUCAAACCAUCCCAACCCUCAACUCUAACUCAAGCAAAAUUCGCAUUUCCCAAGUCAGAUACCCGUCCCUGCCGCCUCUCGCCAUUCCAAGACCAUGAACUUACUUCAGACCCCGAAAUUUCCGCCGACUUCCUUGCUGCCCUUCCAGAAGAUAUACGCUGCGAAGUCCUCGAAGAGCAAAAGCAGAAGCGCUCCCGAUUACUUCACCAACGAACCGCAUCCACAACCGCACCCAGAACGGUUCCAGCAGACCGAGGCCAUUCUCAACAUCAAGAAAAACACAUCAACCUUCCAAACCUCCCGCCGAGACCUACAUUCACCUCCAAGCGCCUCUCUAACCCCUCCGACCUACGUGACGAAGCAACAGCUUGGCACGCCACAUUUGCUCAAGAAGGGCCGUUCCGCGAAGAUGUUACCGCUCUUGCGAUUUACUUGAAGCGCGUUGUUGCUGAAGAACGGGAUGUCGAGAAGGCGGUCUCUCUGGUGAAAUGGCUUGUCUGGUUGGUCGAGGAUGACAGAGCAAAUGGAGGUGCCAACGAUAGGGCGUCAAUAGGUGCCAGUUCGACUGUGGGUACUGGUAAGGAAUCUCAGGAAGGUGUGCCAGGAACUCAGUGUGCGAUAUCCUGGGAUGAGGCAUUGAAGUGUCUUAAGGAUGGUGUUCUGGAGGGAUUAGAGGAAAGGGGCAUGCCUGCUGUGGAUUUUCUUGAUUGA